GAAGAGGUUCUGCAAAGAGAUGGGGAGUCUAUUGACAGCUGAACUGUCUCAAACCCAGUAACCCAGACUUACUAUUUCCGCUUUUUCUGAAUUUAUCCAGAUUUGUUUUCAGUCAUUUAACCAUCUGAGGCAUUCUGGAGGUUCUGCCGGGACAAAUUUUAUUCCAAAAACGAGGAGAUUUCCUGUGUUUUGGCUGUGGUUUAACUUGUGUCUCCUACUGGAAUGGAACAUGGCAACGACUGAGACUCAGCUGAUGUUGAGCGUCGGAUUAAUUGAGAAAGACGUGAAUGGAGACACGUUGUGGGUGUGGUGUUAUCCCUCCGUCAGCCCUGAGCUGAGGCAGCUGCUGCUCAGGAAGUGCUGCCUGACGCAGGAUGGACGGGAUUUCCACACCUUCGUGUUCGGCCAGUUCAGCCGGACCUGGUACUACAUCACAACGCUGGAGGUCCAGGAGCCGACGGCGCUGAACAAGGUCACCCAUUUUUCUAUCGUUGUCACAGCAAAAGACUUCAACCCUGAGAAAUACGCUGCUCUCAGUCGCGUACUCUGCAGGAUGUACGUCAAACACGGCAGUCCGGUGAAGAUGAUGGAGGCUUACAUCACCGUCCUGACCAAAGGCGUCUGUCAGAAUGAUGAAAACGGCUCGUUUCUCAUCAAGGAUUAUGACGUCCGAAAGGCGUACCUGGCAGGGUCAAUCAAAGAUGUUGUGUCUCAGUUCGGCAUGGAGACCAUCAUCCUGUACACCGCCCUGAUGCUGAAGAAGAGGAUUGUGGUCCAUCAUCCUCGGAUUGAAGCGCUGCUGGAGUUCACCAGAGUGCUGCCGGCGCUGGCCUGGCACAGGAAGGACUGGUCCGUCCUGCAUCCCUACGUUCACCUGACCGCAGCGGAGCUGGACGACCUGAAGAAAUGCCCCGGUUACAUCGCUGGGUUUGUGGAUCCAGAAGUGAGCAACAGGUUGGAGCUUUUUGACGUGUUUGUGAGCCUCCCAGACAGUGUGAUCACCGUGUCCCAGGGGGCCAAAGACGCCAUGGCGAUGGGGAAGUUGCACAAAGACGUGGCUCAAGUCAUCGUCCAGUCUGCGGAGGACGCUGAGCGACCCGACAGUCAGGUCAUCAAGGACAUUUCCAUCAAGACCAAGGAAAUCCUCACCAGCCUGUUCGCCCUGGCCGACGCCUGCGAAGACUCCAAGCUCACGCUGGAGGUUUUGAAGCAGCAUCACUUCCCCCCGGCCACCGAGAACUUCCUGUUUCACCUGGCAGCUGCAGAGCAACUCCUACGGAUAUAAACUGGAGCUUGUGCCGCGUAAUCUCGGACACUUCCUGUCUCCUCAACGGCCUUUUUCCCCUGCUGAAGGUGAGGAACCUGAGGAAGACUCCAGGUCGUUGAUAAUUAACGUUUCAUUCAAAGUUUUCAAUCCUGAAUGCGAUUAAAACCUGAAGGGUUUUAUUUCUUAAUGCUUCUGUGGUACGAUUUACGGUAAGAAUCUGCAGAAAUCAUAGACAUGGAUGUCUUGUUAUUAUGGGAUUUUAAUAUGCAACUUCAUUGAAUUUAUUUUCUUUAAAACAAUAACACAUUUUUUGUCUACAGAUGAAACAUAUAGGAGCUUUUUUUAAAGUAAAUAAUUCCUUGAUAUUGAUAAAAACGUUCUCGUUCCACUGGCAGAUUUUUCACGUUACAAAUAAAAGUAAUUUUGGAACGAUUCGAUCUCUAUUGUGUUUCUUUAAGUUUUUCAUCUUUUGCUCAAGCAAAGGAGUCUAAAAAAAUCACUUUUACGUUGCCACAGAGUAAUAAUGAGCUUCUGUCAAUAUAAAACCAGAAGUUUAUAAGUUUUGUUCUUGUCAAGUGAAAUAAACUUCGUCUGCAAUCUUUAUAAUUAGAAGAGCCGUUUUACGCUCAGUCCAGCUAAAAUACAACUUGGUUGCAAAUUUUACAGGAUUUUUUUGAAGAGAAAAAAAAGUGGCUUUUUGUUUGAAGAACCAUAAUUUUAUUUUUAUGUUUGGGUUUUAAUGCAACAUUUUUGCAUUAACAUUGGUAAAAUCCUUUACUAUUUCCUCUGAAGUUUAUAUAUUUAAACCUAAUAUCUGUACGUUGUGAUGUUUGAAAUCAGUUAGAAACUCGUUUGGGCUGAUGGUGCCGAUUCCUAUUCUGAAAAAAUUACAUAUUUUCCAAACUAGAGAGAAAAUGCCAUGAAUGCAUCUCAGCCUGUAUGUAUAAUUUUCACUCUGGAUUAAAAACAAAAUCCACAAUUCAAACUUUAUCACCAAAUUGUUUGUUUUAUCAUCAUCAAAUUAACAAAAAGUAAAGGUGAAUCUUAAAUUUUAAUCUCUGCUUAUUGCUGCAGUCAGAUUAUCAAUACAUCGGUUUUUAUAUUAUGUUUUAAAAGGAGUCUCAGUUUGUGCUUCUGAUUACAUGAACUACAUUCUAGCUUCUUGUUCAAACGGAGAUUGAGUGAAAAUGAUCCUCAUGUGACAAGAUAUUACAAAAUUGAGAUAGUAAAAAGAACCACGGCUGGUUUUUCCCUCUUAAUCAGUUUAACGUUUGUUUUUCACUAAUAGGAAAAAUGCUGUGGGUAAAAAGAAGCACCAGAGAUCAGAACCGGCUGAUUUUUACCUCCAUCAUCUGGCCAUAUACUGAAAUACACCAACGUUCUUGUCCCGUUCAGUGAAAACUGGGAAUUCCCACCAUUUAUCGGCCUUUAAAUGCAUCAGCCAGUUAACAUCCAAGAUGGCUGAGACUUUGAAAUUAUUCCCAAACCUUUUUUGUUGUUAACUUGACACCAAAUAAACCCGUUGGGGGAAAAAUCCAUUACAAUAAUCUGGAUUAAAAAGUUUACAAACCACUAAACUAAAACUAGAUUAAAGCAAUUGGUCUUAUAAACCCUCCUAAUUCUGGCAAAGUUCUCCAAAUCUAACAAAUAUCUGGAAAAUCUCAGGUCAAAACUGACCAGAAUUUGGACAUUUUUACUUUUUCAGCAGUUCUAUUCUUCCUAAUCUACUCUGUGUGUAACAUACCUGCAAUUAGUUUACAUCAUGCCAGUGUUAUUAUGGUUAUUACAGCAGUAAAAGUGGACAUUUUAAACGGAGAGUGAUGUUUAAGUACCAGAUUAUUUCCACUAUUUGACCGUAACAUCAGCUGAUAAACACUAAAUUUACAGCAAACAAGUUUGAU